AUGGGAUCCAACGUGUGGGUGUUGGUUUUCAGCCUGUGUUGCUGCUCCGUGGUGCAAAGCUUGGACAACACUGCCACUGAAUCAUUGAAUUCCUUGGUUCAAGAUUUUGCUUUCAGGUCACUUGUCAAACACCGGCCUCAAACUGGUGCUCUAUAUGAUGCUCUUCUUCCGCGGAACCUGUCUGGUAUGGACGUUUCAGUAGUACGUCUUAGAAGCCGAAGGCUGUGGAACAAAGGUGCUAACUUUAGCUACUUCCGGAUCCCACCAAGAACCAUCUCCAUUCCCCACGUCAGGAGAUUGGCUAUUGUGUACCAAAACUUGGGCAACUGGUCUUCUCAUUACUACAAUUUGCCAGGUUACACACUCAUCUCUUCUGUUGUUGGCUUCAUGGUUUUUGAUGCCUCCAAUGUAACAGAUACAAGUGUCAGAAACCUCACUCUCAACACAAUGGGUCACCCUAUAUCUAUUCAAUUCCCCAGCGUUGCAUUUACGGAUGGUAUCAACUCAAGGGCGAGAUGUGUAGCUUUCAAUGCUAAUGGAGCAUUUCAAAUUACUGAGAUGAGUUCUCUCGGUAUGUGUUACGCGAGAGACCAGGGUCAUUUUUCGAUUGUUUUCCCAUUGGAGAAGAAGAGGCGACCAUGGUAUCUGCGGGUGAUUGGUUUUGUGCUUGGAUUUUUUGGGUUGAUUACAGUGGGGUAUGCGGGAUUUUCAUCCUUGAGACUUCUCAAGACCAAAAGGAUUCGAGCCAUGGAAAAACAUGCCAACGAAGAUCUGGUUCUUGAAAGUAGAUGGGUUGGCAAUAAUAAAAUGCCCUCCGCAGAAGUGACAAGAACUCAGCCGGUUCUUGAGAGCGGCUUUCCGUAG